AUGGUACUUUUCAGAGCUCUCGCUCUCUCGGCUGCCUGUCUCGCCCUCCUGACUGUAGCCAAGCCACUACGCGAGCGAGCCCUCGCCUUCAAUUACAACGACGACAAGGUUCGCGGCGUGAACCUGGGUGGCUGGUUCGUGCUCGAGCCCUGGAUCACGCCCUCCAUCUUUGAUCAGUGGAAGGAUGGCGGCGGUGUCGUUGACGAGUACACAUACACAGCGGCACUAGGCAAGACGGAGGCCGAGAGGCGACUGAACCAGCACUGGGCGACGUGGGUGACGGAAGCCGAUUUUGCCGAGAUUGCCUCGUUUGGCUUGAACCAUGUCCGCAUUCCCAUUGGGUACUGGGCACUCAACCCACUUGCGGGGGAUCCGUAUGUUUCAGGACAGCUUCCGUACUUGGAUAAGGCGAUUGGGUGGGCGAGGAACCACGGGCUGAAGAUCAUGCUUGAUUUGCACGGGGCACCCGGCUCCCAAAACGGCUUCGACAACAGCGGCAAGUUCGGCCCUAUUAGCUGGCAGUCCGGAAACAAUGUCGCCAACACCAAACAAGCGAUCGGCGUCCUUGCCGAGCGGUACGCAAAGUUCACCGACGUCGUCACGGCCAUUGAGCUCCUCAACGAGCCCGCCAGCUGGGCAAACGACAUGUCGCAAGUCAAGCAGUUCUACUACGACGGCUGGGGCAUGGUCCGCGACAAGAACGCCGACACGGCCGUCGUGAUUCACGACGCCUUCCUCGACGUGCAGUCGUACUGGAACGGGUUCAUGAACUACCAGAGCGGCGUCAACAACGUCAUCCUCGACACGCACAUCUACCAGAUCUUCUCCGCCGCCGAGGUCGCCAUGAAGCCCUGCCAGCACGUGCAGACAGCGUGUGCGGCUGGUCCCAAGAUCAAGGGCACCGACAAGUGGACUAUCGUUGGUGAGUGGACGGGUGCCCAGACGGACUGUGCCAAGUGGCUCAACGGGCUGGGCAAGGGCGCCCGCUACGACGGCACGCUAGCGGGAAGCGAGGGCUAUUUCGGGGACUGCCAGACGAAGUACGCAGGUACGGUUGAAGGGCUGCUCGCCGUCGAUAAGGUCAACAUGGAGUAUUACAUCGAGGCGCAGCUGGAUGCGUACGAGCAGCACGCCGGCUGGAUCUUCUGGGCCUGGAAGACGGAGAGCGCGCCCGAGUGGAACUUUCGGGACCUGACGCGCGCGGGCAUCAUCCCGCAGCCGCUGACGGCGCGGAAGCACCCGGGUCAGUGCCAGACGAGCCAGUGCAUGAUUCCUGGUAACUGA